UAUCAUUUAACCGUUUUCUUAAAAUUGACUUAUCCAUUGAAAAUUUACUAUGUCAGAUGGGGAAGAUUACAUGUCUGACAAAUUUUUGGCUGGUUUGCAGGAGACACGUCCCAGUUUGGUAAAUAAUCGUGCCAGGAAACGUCAAUUGGAGUUGGAAGCCAAGCAGGCUGAUCAAAAAAAACGCGAAUCUACCUCAUCGUCCAAUAUUAACAAUGAACGGCUACAAAACUUCCUAAGUCAGCCAAUUCCAGCGGAUAACAAAGGCUUUCAACUACUGGCGAAAAUGGGGUACAAACCAGGUACUGGAUUGGGCAAACAAAAAGACGCGCGAACGGAACCCAUAAAUAUAAGUAUAAAAAACAACCGUAGUGGGCUUGGUCGCGAAGCAGUCUUAGCUGAACUGACAACCAAGCGACAUGAGUUGCGACGUGCGCAACUGCUGGCCAAGGCAGGUAUUGAAUCCAGUGAAGAGAUUAGCGUUGAGGCAUAUAGGAGACGAGCAACACAAAAAGCUGAGGAACGCAAGCAGCAAUAUGAUGUAAAACACUGUCAGCAAACUUGUGAAUCACUAGAUUUAGCUGCAGAUGUACAAGAACCAGAGCUAGAGUUUUUCUGGCCACCUAAGCUACUGGCCAACAGCUCUUCUGAGCUGACUGAUGAUACCGCAAAGAAUAAAACAGAUUUGGAAGAACAGGAAGAGCCUUCACAGGAGUAUAAUGCAUGCGAGCAGCUGGAGCUGCUGACUACAUAUUUGCGUACCGCGUACAGAUUUUGUUAUUGGUGUGGCACGCGUUAUGAAAGCACCUCGGACAUGGAAGCCAGCUGUCCCGGCUUGAAGAAGGAUGAUCACUGAUUUAAAAUACGUGCACAUUAUAUACAUAUUUAUAUAUUACAAUACAAAUUAGUUACAAAACACAUUUAUGUAUAACGGUGUACAAGAUUGAAUU